AUGAUUGCGGCCGAUACGCUCGUCGUCUAUGGCAACGCGUGCCGUUAUCAGGACGUUGAUCGCGUGAUGAGGAUCAACAGGAACACUAUACUGGGCGGUGGCAGAGACUUUGCCGAUGUACAGGCGGUGGUGCGUACGAUCAGCCAUAAGAUCAUCGAGGAUCACUGCUUCCAGGAUGGCCACCAUUUGUCGCCAAAAUCUUUGCACAGCUGGAUGACGCGACUUCUCUACAGUCGCCGCAACAAGAGGGAUAAGCUGGACGUUGAUCUGGUCAUUGGCGGCAUGACUCCCAACAAUAAACCGUAUCUCGGUUAUGUGGACUCUCGAGGCACGGCCCUAACCUCUGAUGUUGUUACCACCGGAUUCUCUCGCGUGCUGGUCGAGCCGCUCAUACGUGAGCGCCAGCCGCGCCAUCGCCCCUUCACAUAUGUCGAAGCAGUCAAUGCGCUGCGCGAAUGCAUGAAAGUUCUGUUCUAUCGCGAUACUCGCAGCAUUGAAUAUUAUACGAUUGGCGUUUGCUCGCGUGACGAGUGCAAAAUCAAAGGUCCAUUCAAGGCCAAGACGUGCUGGAAAAUAGCCGAGCUCAACACGGGUUUUUAA